CGCCUGGGCGCGGGAUAAAGGCCGCCCCGGGGACUUGUCGAGUCCCCCUCAGCGAGGGCAGGAGACCGUGAAAGGCGGCGGGGCUGCCAGAGAGAGAAAUGUCAUCAGUGGAAACACACCAGGAACAGUUGCCUCAGUCAGAUCCAUCUCCAUCACCAAACUCAUGUAGCUCCUUUGAACUAAUAGACAUGGAUGCUGGUGGCUUGUAUGAACCAGUUUCUCCUCAUUGGUUUUAUUGUAAGAUAAUAGAUUCUAAAGAGACAUGGAUUCCUUUCAACUCUGAGGAUUCACAGCAGCUGGAAGAAGCAUAUGGCUCUGGAAAAGAUUGUAAUGGGAGAGUUGUCCCCACUGAUGGGGGCAGGUAUGAUGUUCAUUUGGGAGAGAGGAUGCGGUAUGCUGUAUAUUGGGAUGAGCUAGCAUCAGAAGUGAGACGAUGUACCUGGUUUUACAAGGGAGACAAAGAUAAUAAGUAUGUUCCCUACUCGGAGAGCUUCAGCCAAGUAUUAGAGGAAACUUACAGACUUGCUGUAACUCUGGAUGAAUGGAAAAAGAAACUGGAGUCUCCCAACAGAGAAAUUAUUAUAUUACACAAUCCAAAGCUUAUGGUGCAUUACCAGCCAGUUGCAGGGUCUGAUGAAUGGGGUUCAACACCCACUGAGCAGGGUCGACCAAGAACAGUAAAAAGAGGAGUUGAGAACAUCUCCGUUGACAUUCAUUGUGGAGAACCUUUACAAAUAGACCACUUGGUUUUUGUAGUCCAUGGGAUUGGACCAGCUUGUGAUCUCCGUUUUCGAAGCAUUGUACAGUGUGUUAAUGAUUUUCGCAAUGUUUCCUUGAACCUGCUACAAACGCAUUUUAAGAAAGCUCAAGAAAAUCAGCAGAUUGGGAGGGUAGAAUUUCUUCCAGUCAACUGGCACAGUCCUUUGCAUUCUACCGGUGUGGAUGUAGAUCUGCAGCGAAUAACCCUGCCCAGCAUUAACCGCCUACGGCACUUCACCAACGAUACAAUUCUGGAUGUCUUCUUCUACAAUAGCCCCACUUACUGUCAGACUAUUGUGGACACAGUUGCUUCUGAAAUGAACCGAAUAUACACACUCUUUCUGCAGAGGAACCCUGAUUUCAAAGGGGGUGUAUCCAUUGCUGGUCAUAGUUUAGGUUCGCUUAUAUUGUUUGAUAUCCUAACAAAUCAGAAAGAUUCUUUGGGGAGUAUUGACAGUGAAAAGGAUUCACCAAAUAUGGAUCAAGGAGACGCACUGACGCUAGAGGAAGAUCUGAAGAAACUUCAACUCUCUGAAUUCUUUGGUAUAUUUGAGAAGGAGAAAGUAGAUAAGGAAGCGCUGGCUUUAUGUACAGACAAAGAUCUUCAGGAAAUGGGAAUUCCCUUAGGACCAAGAAAGAAGAUAUUAAAUUACUUUAGGACCAGAGAAAGUUCAAUGGGUAUUACUAGACCAACUCUGCAAUCAGCUUCAGUGGUGAAUAUGUCUAAUAUCCCCAAAGAAUUGGAGUUCUGCAGUAGUGCUAAUGGUACUGGGAAUGACUAUCUGGAUGUUGGCAUUGGGCAGGUGUCUGUAAAAUACCCCCGGCUCAUCUAUAAACCAGAAAUAUUUUUUGCCUUUGGAUCUCCCAUUGGAAUGUUCCUUACUGUUCGAGGACUAAAAAGAAUUGAUCCCAACUACAAAUUUCCAACAUGCAAAGGUUUCUUCAAUAUUUAUCACCCUUUUGAUCCUGUGGCUUAUAGAAUUGAACCAAUGGUGGUCCCAGGAGUGGAAUUUGAGCCAAUGCUGAUCCCACAUCAUAAAGGCAGGAAACGGAUGCACUUAGAACUGAGAGAGGGCUUGACCAGGAUGAGCAUGGACCUUAAGAACAACUUGCUAGGUUCACUGCGGAUGGCCUGGAAGUCUUUCACUAGAGCUCCAUACCCUGCCUUACAAGCUUCAGAAAGUGUGGAAGAAACUGAAACAGAACCUGAGUCAAGUUCAGAGAAGCCUAGUGAUGUUAACGCAGAAGAGGCCUCUGCAGCAGUUAAAGAAGAAGCCCCCCCCAUCAGUGUGGGAAUGCUUAAUGGAGGUCAGCGCAUUGACUACGUGCUACAGGAGAAGCCCAUUGAGAGUUUCAAUGAGUAUUUAUUUGCUUUACAGAGCCAUCUAUGCUACUGACUUCCGCCAAGAUGGAGGCAUAGGUGGAUAUGCCGUGCCUUCUCACACAACCAAGUUUAGAGACAACUAAAUAUUAGCAACAGAAAACACAGCCAGAACACAGAAAAUUGAACUUUUCGGAAGUCUGAUAACAACAAAUUCUUCAGCCUGACCAGUAAGAGGGGCAAAACUAGCAGCUGGUGGAGCAGGGUUGCACAGGAAAACGUGGUCAGAGGGACUCAGGUGCGUGCAAUCCAGGCGCAGGGUUGGACCUAGUGAGCGACCGCUGUGAAACAGCGAGGGAGCAGGGCUUCGGGUUGACUGUGGUCUCGCUUUUGUGUGCGGAUAGACAAGCAAGGGAGUGGGCGAUUGGACCAGGACCCAGAGGGUCCCCGCGGCAAGCGGCAGGGAGGGCUCCGCCAUUUCCCUGCUCUGACCCCACCUCCACAUACAGUGUCAUAACCCAGUGACUCUGAGUGGCCCGGCCCAGGUGAACCACCUAAGGCACUGCUCCUCACCCAGCCGCAUGAAACAGCAGAGGGUGCCGACAUUUCCCCCGCUCUGACCAUGCCCCCACAUGCAGCAUCACAACCCAGCGACCUGGGAGUCCAGGACUCCGCUCCUCACACUUAAAGGGCACGAACAGACCAAAAAUGGCUCCAGAAGAUCUCAAAGGCCCAGAGCCUAUAAAUCUAAGCGAUGAAGAAAUAGCAAAACUCUCAGAUGCACAGUUUA